AUGGGGGCCCAGAAGAAAAGGUGGACUUCCAUUUUCCUCCUCUGGGUCCUGCGGCAGUCAAGAACUAACAUCGGGGAGCUGCAUAACCGCAAGGAAGGAAUUGUACAGUUUUGGAACGAGGUGAAGGCGCAACCGCCAUACCCGGCACAGCAUCGUCACCAACCCGAGAGUGACAGCCUGGAAACAUUUUCGCUCCCGACUCCCCGUCCCAUCUCCCACUUCCACACCCCGGGCAGCCAACGCCCCACCAAAAUCCACCGCUGUGCCCGGAUGCCCCCAGCACUAUCAGGCAUCCCCAGACAACGGCGGCGACACGUCUUCCCCGCCACAUCGGCAACCACGACCAGUCAGCACCACGCCUUCCUCCUCCUCCGAGUCGCCAUCGGUGACAAACAACAGAUCUUGGUUGGCCGGCUAUCUGGGGUUCUUCCACGGGACAAGAGUGACCCGAAGAACCUGGAGCGUCAACACCUGCCCAAGUCCGGGACAGCCCAGGGCCCCAAAGCCAAAGCCAAGGUGGCCACCAAGCCUCCAAGUCCGGUCAAGACCGGAGGGCUCGAGAGGGAGGGGUGCGAUGGUUGUGGGAGCGGAUGGGGGCGGGGCGUGUUCAUGUCGUUCGCUGGGAGUGUCCGGGUGCUGGCGUGGAGUGUCCGGGUGCUGGCGUGGAGUGUUCGGGUGCUGGCGUGGAGUGCUCGGUUGCUGGCGUGGAGUGUCCGGGUGCUGCGUGGGCGGUGA